AUGUCUGCAGGAAUCUGCUUGGCGUUGGUAGUCGUUGUGUACAUUCAAGAAUCCGUAAGCUGGGCACUCGGUUUUGGAAUCCCAUGCGUGUUCAUGUUGGUCUCUCUAGCUUGUUCUAUUCGUUUUAGGAAGAAGGAGUUACAGCCCACAAGAAGAGGACCACAAGCUGGAAUAUGUGGAACCUCCGGCGGAGCUGUUGGCGGCGACGGGCUUGACGGCACUGACCGUGACUACAGUGUAAUCGCUGAUGGUGGAAGGAGAAGCCCAGGAGACGGGGGUGGAAGGAGGUGGAGGUGGUGGGGGUCGUUUCCCAGAGAUACCACAUACCAGGUAGUCCCGUCGAAAAGAUUAUACUGUAGUCUGAUUAGUUCCGUCCAGCCCGUCGCCGCCAGUUCCGCCGGAGCUUUCACAUAUUCCACGAGAAGUACCUAA